UAACAGCACAGCUAUCGGUAUCGGGUGACGCAUACGAACAAAACAGCUCGCAGACGCAAUAAAAGAAAAAUUUAUAUUAUUGGCCACAUCCAUCUGAUUAGGGAGUGAAAACGCAGACCAGCCAGGAUGAGUUUCUUCGGGAAGAUGUUCGGCGGCAAGAAGGAGGUGGCCCCCACCACCGGCGAGGCGAUACAGAAGCUGCGCGAGACGGAGAACAUGCUGAUCAAGAAGCAGGAGUUCCUCGAGGCAAAGAUCGAGGACGAGCUGAACAUAGCUCGCAAGAAUGCGUCCAAAAACAAAAGAGUGGCCCUACAAGCGCAAAAGAAGAAGCGCCUGGAGAAGCAGCUACAGCAGAUCGAUGGCACCCUGUCCACCAUUGAGAUGCAGCGCGAGGCCCUGGAGAGCGCCAACACGAACACUGCCGUCUUGACUAACAUGAAGAGUGCCGCCGAAGCCCUCAAGCAUGCCCACCAGAACAUGGAUGUGGACAAGGUGCACGACAUGAUGGACGAUAUUGCCGAGCAGCAGGACGUCGCCCGUGAGAUAUCCGAUGCCAUUUCCAACCCGGUGGCAUUUGGGGCCGACCUCGAUGACGAGGACCUCGAGCGGGAACUCGAUGAACUCGAGCAGGAGAACUUUGAUAAGGAAAUCAUUGGUAUUCCUGAGCCGACGCCCACAUUGCCAGAAGCGCCCACAGAAGAUUUGCCAGAGAAGGCCAAGGAGAAGAAGAAGGCGGCGCCCGCCACGACGACUGUAGCUGAUGAUGAUGAUCCAGACAUGAAGCAGUUGCUGUCCUGGUCCAACUAAAUCGAAGCGCUAUCGAAAUCUCCGCACUGUCCUGCAGAUUC